UAUUCGCUUCCGACGGCGGGAUUGAUAGGUUUCGGUUUUGUGUUUUACCUAUUUCACCUCUGUUUAUGAUGGUGAUAUGAGGUUAAUCAUUCUAUAAACAGUGUGAAACAUCCAGGACCCGUCUGGAGUAAAAUGGCAGGCCUAGAAGAUCUCGGAAUUCCAGGAGGCGACUAUUUACAAGAGUCGCUGACAAAUUGUUCAGACCCCCUUCAAGCAAUCGAAGAGUUUCAAACAGAAAAUGGUAUUUUGCUGCCGUCACUUCGACCGGCGCUGCCGUUUCUGGAUUUGCAUGAAUUUAAACGACUUGAUUUCCACAAUUCUGUGUUGGAGGAACUUAGAGAUAAACUUGUUCAUCGGAUAUCCGAAUUAGCGAGUAGUGAUGAUGAAAAACGAUUUGAAAAAUUGGAAUCACUUCUGACUAAAAGUUUUCCGGUUGUGAAAGUUAAAACACUUCGACCAGUUGUGAUGGCAUUGUUGAAACAUUUGCCGAAGAUCGAAGAAGAUUAUCUGAAGAAAAUUCUAGAUGAUAAAGAAUUGUAUGCAGAAGCAGCAACAGAAGUGAAAAGACAAAUAUGGCAAGACAAUCAGGCAUUGUUUGGAGAUGAAGUGUCUCCACUUUUAUCACAGUAUAUCAAGGAGAAAGAAAAUGCACUGUUCGGUCAUGAGCACGCCACACUGACGUUCUUUCUACCAUCUCCUAGAGCGAGAAGGCAGAGUGAAGUGGUACAAAAACUGUCGCACAUGGUUGGGAAAAAUGUCAAACUUUAUGACAUGGUUCUGCAAUUUCUCAGAACUUUGUUUUUGAGGACAAGGAAUACUCAUUAUUGUACAUUAAGAGCAGAACUUUUAAUGGCUCUUCAUGACCAUGAAGUAAAUGAGAUUUGUGCCUUAGAUCCAUGUCACAAGUUUACAUGGUGUGUUGAUGCGUGCAUCAGAGAUCGCUUCAUUGAUUCUAAGAGAUCCAGGGAGUUACAAGGCUUUCUUGAUGGCAUUCGUAAAGAUCAUGAAUUUGUGCUGGGAGACCUUUCCAUGAUCCUGUGUGAUCCGUUCGCACUGAACACAGUAGCACUAUCCAUGAUGAAGAACUUACAACAUUGUGUGAACAAUGAAGUAAUGCCGAGGGAAAGUGCUGACAUUGUCCUGUUGGUACGGAUGAUGGCCUUGGGCCUGGGUGCUUGGGACAUGAUUGACAGUCAGCUGUUCAGGGAGCCUAAACUGGACGUACCAGUAUUCACCAAGUUCCUACCCAACAUCCUGUCUAUGAUGGUGGAGGACCACACCAGGAGUAUUUGUUCUCGGAUACCAGAGGAGCCUCAGCCAACACUGAAACAGCCAUCUGAAUUGUACGCCACGUUUAUCAAGAGCAACAGUAUAGCAAGUCUAGUGUCCAUGUACUACACAGCACAGGCUAGCACUUGNCCAAACAAUGAGCACAGUGAAGCUGUUCACACGACGUACCAGCAGCUGGCAGAUAAAAUAUCCUCAUAUGAACCAAGUCCUGCAACUCCACAGGAACAGCUUGACUCGCCACUCAUGAGUGUUCCUGCGCCCACUCCUGCUCCGUACUGAACCCCGGAUUAGCCUAGGACCUUCAUGGAACAGUUGUAUUGUGUUUUAGUAUGUAAUUGAUAAAAAGCAAUGGGAUAAGAACAAGCUGUAAAACUCCAAGCCAUUUUUAUGUAUUUGUCAUCAGCACAUCAAUACUUUUGGCCAUUAUCAAAAAUAAAAAAUAAAUGAAACUAAAAUUUACCUCAUCUUUUAAUUUUGUUGAAUAAUCAUUUUCAUGAAUGUGUCUGAAAUGAUUUUUAUUCAUUGCCAAAUAUGUUAUGACACUGGCACAAAUACUUAUCCAUAUCCAUUGUUAAUAUACUGUUCAUGAGUAAAUAAAGAAACACUCCCUGUGAAAAAUUAAAAGUGCAAUGGACACAGCAAUGAACAAGGCAAUUGACAGAGAAAAAGACACCACUCAGUAUGAUAUCCAAAAGGAUGUUGCCAAUAACAGACCAGAACCAGGGCAGUUUUUCGUUUAAAUGGUCAAACCGGUCGGACCACUGUUGUUCGUUUAUUAAAUAAGGUCGGACCUUAAGUAAUCUGAUGCUUUCAG